GAGAUUCAAAGCUUCCUUCCCAUCACCAACAGCAACAGCAUCAACGCCAGCAUUCCACCCUUUUCUCCAUUCCCAUUUCUCUUCCAUUUAUAUAUAAAUAAAUCUCUCUCUCUUUCUCUCAUUCUCAAUCAAAGCAAACAGAGUUGCAAAGAAAAAAGGGGCAAAAACAAAAACAAAAAAACCCCUUUUAGUAUUCUUUCAUAGAUAGAUUUCAGUUAUCAAGAAUUGCCAAAGUCUCAGCUGCAUUGAUUGCAUUUUGAAAAUUUUGGAUCAAAUUAUGAGGUGAAUCAGAUCUGGAUCAAGGAGAUAGAGUGAUUUUGAAUAGAAGUGAAAAUGAGUGAGGGCCAGAAAUUCCAGCUAGGGACCGUUGGGGCUUUGAGUUUAUCAGUGGUUUCGUCGGUUUCUAUUGUGAUUUGCAAUAAGGCUCUCAUUAGCACUCUUGGCUUCACUUUUGCCACAACGUUGACAAGCUGGCAUCUUCUGGUCACGUUUUGUUCUCUUCACAUGGCAUUAUGGAUGAAAUUGUUUGAACACAAGCCUUUUGAUGCAAGAGCGGUAAUGGGAUUUGGCAUACUAAAUGGGAUAUCCAUUGGACUUUUGAAUCUUAGCUUGGGUUUCAACUCAGUUGGUUUUUAUCAGAUGACAAAAUUGGCUAUCAUCCCAUGUACUGUUCUUUUGGAGACGCUUUUCUUCCGUAAGCAAUUCAGUCGGAGUAUCCAGCUUUCACUGACCAUUCUUCUUAUGGGUGUUGGAAUUGCAACUGUGACUGAUCUUCAGCUCAAUGUCCUGGGAUCUAUCUUGUCUCUGCUUGCAGUCCUUACAACCUGUGUUGCUCAGAUUAUGACCAAUACCAUCCAGAAGAAGUUCAGAGUCUCUUCAACACAACUUCUGUACCAGUCUUGCCCCUAUCAGGCAUUAACUUUGUUCAUUGUUGGCCCAUUCCUGGAUGGGCUUCUGACUAACAAAAACGUUUUUGCUUUCAAAUACACCCCUCUAGUGCUGUUCUUCAUUGUUCUAUCCUGCCUGAUCUCUGUCUCUGUGAACUUCAGUACUUUUCUGGUGAUUGGAAAGACAUCUCCGGUCACCUAUCAAGUCCUAGGACAUCUGAAAACAUGCCUAGUUUUGGCAUUUGGCUAUGUUCUCCUUCGUGAUCCAUUUAGCUGGCGCAACAUUUUGGGAAUCCUCAUUGCAGUGGUUGGAAUGGUACUGUAUUCUUACUGUUGCACCCUUGAGAAUCAGCAGAAGCAAAAUGAAGCACCAGCAAAAUUGCCUGAGGUCAAGGAAAGUGAAACUGAUCCUUUAAUCAGCGCAGAAAAUGGAACUGGGAUCUUAGCUGAUGGUGGCGUACCAAAAGUAGUCCCCUUGUGGAACUCAAACAAGGACUUGGAUGCAUAAACAUUCUCAUUUUUAUAAAUUCAUUUGCUCUAGAUCAAAAUCUGGAAACAAAACUGUCUCAGCAAUGAAGAUGUUGCUGGCAAGGAUGUAUCACAUAGCUGGAGUUUGUGGUCUUCUGAGAUCGUUGCAUCUAUUAUAUCAGAUAAAAGAGUUGAACAAACAUGUUAUUAAUAUAGCAGUUUUGGCUUAGUUUUGUAUGAAUCGCACAGGGCAAGGGUAUGAUACUAGGAUUUGAUUUCUUAAAUGUAUACUUUUGUUACAGCAGAAUGCAAAAUUUUUACUAUUUGUUCUCAGGUUGUAUUCCUAUUCAUCGGUGAAGAAGAACAAAUACAUAUCUUGUCCUUAAGUUGCCAGUAA